AUGGCCGAAAAGGAAUCGCGCGAUGGAGAAAUAUGCUUGAGGGGGGCGAAUCGGCUUGAUGGAACACCAAAACAUGAUUCAUUCCUUAAUAAGGAUGGACUAUUAUUACGGUCAUACGGGUGGUUAGUGAAAAACGCUAUAGGUAUUAUAAUAUUAAUUCAUGGAAUUAAGUGUCAUGCGAGACUGAACUUUUUAAGACCCAAUGUAGAGGUAGUAAGCGACGAUAACGUUAUAGUAAAGGAUGAAAAUAAUUACUACCUUUAUGAAGACAGUUGGAUAGAGAAUUUUAAUGAAAAUGGAUAUUCCGUCUUCGGAUUAGAUCUACAGGGUCAUGGGGGAUCGGAUGGAUUUGAGAAACUCAGUUAUCAUGUAAGGGAGUUUGACGAUUUCGCCUAUGAUGUAAUGCAGUAUAUUAGGAACAUUCAGGAUAGCAUGAAUAGUUCCGAUGUGGGUGAUUCGCGGAAAGGGGACGAUGCUAAUUUACCACUUCGGGAUGACAGAAUAUGUGGGAGGAAACUUCUUCCCACUUACGUAGUCGGUGUGUCCCUGGGGGGAAGUAUCGCUUUAAGGAUGUUACAAAUAUUAGGGAAGUCAUCAAAUAGGAUAGAAGAUGCAGGACUGAAUAUCCGCGGGUGCAUUUCGAUAUCUCCGAUGAUAACUGUUGAGAAGUUACCAUCCAGAAAUUCGUUCCUAUUUCAGUACGUUUACCUCCCAUUGUGCAAGUUACUUGCUGAUUGGUUUCCAAGGGUGAGACUUAUUUCCAAGUAUCCAUAUAAGAAGUGUCCGUAUAUUAAAUAUUUUAUUGAGUAUGAUAAAAAUCGACCUAAGGGGGCAAUUACAUGCAGAUUUGGCUAUGAGCUCCUGAAUACCAUUGAAAACAUAGACAAUGACAUAAAAUACAUGCCCAAAGAUAUUCCUGUGUUGAUUAUUCAUUCUAAGGAGGAUGUUAUAUGCUCCUAUGACGGAUCCCUGUCGUUUUACAACAGACUCGAUGUAAACAAUAAAGAAAUGCACACACUGGAGGACAUGGAACAUACCGUCCUUUGGGAACCCGGAAAUGAGGAAGUUCAGAAAAAAAUCGUGGAUUGGAUUAAGGGUCUGCCGUCGUCAGGAGUGGGUAGCAUGUCGAAGGAUGGGCAUAAGAUCCGGGGGGAGGAGCAGCGCAUCGAAGAGGAGCAUCGCGUUGGGGCUGAUUAG